GCUGCAAUCUCUUCUCAGACUCCAGACUCCGACUCGCUAGAGACUCGGAGCCAUCUAGAGACACCUCUAGGUAGGAUCUUUCCAGAGGCGCUUUCAGCAGGGUCCCACCUCUCAUAAUUCCAAUUCUCCCUGUGAGCUUUCAAUGUCAUGAGGUGCAGAGGACGUCCUGAUUAGCAAGAGGGGCACCUACGCGUAGAGCGAGAUCUUCUGCUUACGGUACGCCCCGGCCGGUUGCAGGCAUCAGAAUGGCGGCGCACCCGUACUAUCCGCGCAGCAUUGUGUUGGCCGGCUUCUCUCCACAGCUGUGGUCGAUGCCUGCGAUACUGGGGGUGUUUUCCGUCGCCGUCUUUGUGGUGGUGGGCGGGACUCUGCUGCUGUCAAGUGGCAACAAGAGGCUAACGGCUCUAGACCGCGCAACGCUUGCUUGGUGGAUAGCCACAGGCCUGAUACACUUAGUAAUCGAGGGCUCUUACGCAAUCGCCCCCACAUUCUACCAGACCACGUCCGCCAACUUUCUCCACGACCUAUGGAAGGAGUACAGUAAAGGAGACUCCCGAUAUGCAACCCGAGACUCGUUCAUUGUCUCUAUGGAAACAGUCACCGCGUUUGCUUGGGGCCCCGGGAGCUUCCUCGUAGCGUACGCUCUUGCAACGGAUGCUCCCUACCGGCACGCCGCUCAGUUGCUGGUGUCGCUUGGGCAGUUGUAUGGUGACGUGUUGUAUUUCGGCACGUGCUAUCUUGAGGGCUUCGUACAUUCGGAUCCAGGCUGGUUGUAUUUCUAUGGCUACUUCGUAUUUAUGAACGCAAUCUGGAUUGUCGUUCCGUCGCUACUCAUAGGACAGUCGUGGCAAGCGAUCAGCGCAGCGUUUGCGUCUUUGAAGCCUGCGAAAGUGAGAUCAAAACGAGCUUAGGAGACCCUUUUGAGCAUCCCUCAGUAACGUGUUGCAUAAUCAGGAGCCUUCAGGCCCGGGGCCUCUGGUGAGAGUCAAUUCGAAAAGGCACGUGGGACAAUCUUCAAUCAAAAGUCACAAACCGUGAAUACACUCAGGCUAGCUGGGGAGAACAAACAUUGACCUGAGUAACAACGUUACAGUGCGAGUAGCGGAUGACGCGUUUGUUGGAUGGAUAAGUGCAGCUCAAAUUGUCGAGUCGGAAUGCGUAUGAAUCAAGAUAUCAAGCUG